CAGCGGAUCCAUCGCGAGAUGGAGGAAUCCAUCGACCGCACCGACGACAUGUUCGACCACGUGCUCGCGGGGUCUCUCUGCUUCCUCGGCAUGGCCAUCUGCAUGUACAUGAAGUUCAUCCGGCGGCAGCGGCCAGGCUUCGAGCUCGUGCGCCCGGCCAAGGAGAUGCACAGCCCACCAGCCCACGAGUACAGCGCCUCGAUCGCGAUGGACGUCAAGCAGCCGCCCGUCGUCGUGCCGAAGAAGGCGACGGGCCCCGCGCACUACGUCUAUCAGCACCCGAUGCGCCGACGAACACAUAGCUCGAUGAGCGGCAAUCCCGAGCCGUUAAAGCCCCAGGACACGCCCACGGUGCUCGCGAUCGAGACGAGCAUCCCAGAAGAAAAGUUCUACGCCAAGCCGAGCACUAGCUACCCGUUUAGCGGGAACCUUGAAGAUGGCAUCACGUAUACAGAUGAGCGCAAUACGACCCGGCCGUUUGGACGGGUGGCGAAGCCCGAGCCACGAGUCUUGAGCCCGACGCGACCCCAGCAGCCGUACCGAACCGUCGACGAGUUUGUCAAAGGCACGCCGAUCGUGGUCUCGCCCACAAAGAGUGAGAUGGAUCUCUUUGCCUCGGAGACCGACAGCCUCCUACACCUCGAGAGCCAAUCAACGACGACGCGGCCGUCGGUACCGUUUGGUGCGCCGCUGCGGGAGCCAAUGCCAUUCCCGCCACCGAUGGCGCCACCGCUGCACCGCCAAGCAUCACCGCUUGACGAGCACGGGAAGCGGCCCUUUGGAAUGCCCGAGCAGCAGCAGCCAGCGCAGAUGCAGAUGGAAGUCGCGCGCCAAGCGCACAUCCCGCUCUUUUUGCACAUGCCGCUGCAUGUCGCGCCCAAACCGCCGCCGAUCGAGAGGCCAGCGGAAGCGAGUGCGCUGCACCGCACGAGUCACGUAGAGAAGCGGCCGUCGCGCGGCGCGUCAUUCAACUUUCGCAUCGACUUUGGCGCGAUCGCGCUGGGCGAGCUCAUCGGCCAAGGCGCCUUUGGCACCGUGCACAAAGGCGUCUGGCGCGAGACGCUGAUCGCUGUCAAGAUCUUGCAGUGCCAGACGCUCACGCCCGACAUUCUUGAAGAGUUCGAGACGGAGGUGCACAUUAUGAGCGUCCUCCGACAUCCCAAUAUCUGCCGACUUCUCGGGGCGUGUCUCGACCCACCGACGCGAUGUCUUAUCGUCGAGUACAUUCCCAUGGGGUCGCUGUGGUGUGUUCUGCGCCAGCCCGUCUCGAUUGACUACGCCAAGCAGCUCCGGUUUGCAAGGGACACGGCCCUCGGCAUGCAUUAUCUGCACACGUUUGACCCACCCAUUCUCCAUCGCGACCUCAAAAGCCCCAAUUUGCUCGUCGACGAUGACUUUGGCCUCAAGAUAUCCGACUUUGGUCUUGCACGCGUCAAGGCGCACCAGCAAACGAUGACGGGCAACUGUGGCACAACGCAGUGGAUGGCGCCCGAGGUGCUCAAUGCUGCCAAAUACACGGAGAAGGCCGACGUUUCUCGUUCGGCAUCGUCCUCUGGGAGACGGUGACGCACGCGUGUCCAUACGACGGCCUGAGCCAGAUCCAGGCCGCGCUCGGCGUGCUCAACCACAACUUGCGCCCAACGAUCCCGCCCGAGUGCCCGCCGUUCCUGAAGAAGCUCAUGACCAUGUGCUGGGGACCGGACCCAGACAAGCGGCCGACGUUCCACCAAGUGCUCGACAUGUUGCAGAGCGUCGAGUUAGAGUAAUAGUCGUUAUAUAACCUAGCAUCCAACGCCGUCCGUGUAAAUGUUCCAC